AUGGAGAGAGGGAGCCAAAACGAUGAGUAUGAUGGCAGAGUAAUGACGGAGGAGCAAAUGGAGAUUCUCCGUAAGCAGAUCGCCAUUUACGCCGUCAUUUGUGGCCAGCUUGUUUCCCUACACGAGUCUUUAUCUUCUAAACUUCCUCUCUCACCAGGAGUGGAUCCAACCGGAGGUGGAUACUUUGAUGUGGCAUCGCCAAGCAGUUAUAAAAUAUCACAUCGUCAUCGUUGGUCUCCGACAUCGAUGCAACUUCAGAUUCUUGAACACAUUUACGUGGAAGGAAGCGGAACACCAAAUCCACAGAGGAUUAAAGAGAUCACGUUGGAGUUGUCUCAACACGGACAGAUCACGGAGAAAAAUGUAUAUAACUGGUUUCAAAACCGACGAGCUCGGUCCAAACGAAAGCAGUCUCAGUCUCAGUUUCAGGCUACGACAACGACUCUUCAGACCGUUGACGCGGUUGCGACAACUGAGGAGAACAGUUGUGGUGAUUCUGGAGAGUUUGAGUCUUAUGACCAUAUCCUCUUUCCGAGUGCUGACUUAGGGAUUGAGCAUUUGCUAGAUGGUGGAUGA